AUAUGGAUGGAUGAUGUGUCCUGCAGUGGAUCAGAAUCCUCACUGAAGCAGUGUAGGUCAGCAGGAUGGGGUGAACAUAACUGUUAUCCUGAAGAGGACGCUGGAGUGAUCUGCUCAGAGGUCAGGCUGGUGGGCGGGACUGACCUGUGCUCUGGGAGAGUAGAGGUGCAUCAUGGGAGCUCCUGGGGCACGGUGUGUGAUGCUGACUUUGACCAGCGGGACGCAGAGGUUGUGUGCAGGGAGCUGGGCUGUGGGGCUCCUAAAGAGCUGCGUGGGGCAGCUGCAUUCGGCCAGGGCGAGGGCCAGGUGUGGGCAGAGGAGAUUCAGUGUAGAGGCAACGAAUCUCACAUUUACUUCUGCCCCACAACACCCUCACAGAAUCAACCCUGCUCCCAUGGAAACGAUGUGGGCCUGGUGUGUUCUGGCAGGGAGGAUGUGAGGCUGGUGAAUGGUGGCAGCCCCUGUGCUGGGAGAGUGGAGGUUUACCAUCGGGGAGAGUGGGGGACAGUGUGUGGUCAUGACUGGGACAUGAGUGAUGCUGGGGUGGUGUGCAGACAGCUGGGCUGUGGAGAUGCUCUAGAUGCACUAAGAGAGGGUCACUUUGGACCAGGGUCUGGGCGAAUAUGGAUGGCUUAUGUGUCCUGCAGUGGAUCAGAAUCCUCACUGAAGCAGUGUGGGUCACUAGGAUGGGGUAUACAUGACUGUGAUCAUGGAAAGGAUGCUGGAGUGAACUGCUCAGCUCCAGCUCCUCAAAUUGUCAGGCUGGUGGGCGGGACUGACCUGUGCUCUGGGAGAGUAGAGGUGCAUCAUGGGAGCUCCUGGGGCACGGUGUGUGAUGCUGACUUUGACCAGCAGGACGCAGAGGUUGUGUGCAGGGAGCUGGGCUGUGGGGCUCCUAAAGAGCUGCGUGGGGCAGCUGCAUUCGGCCAGGGCGAGGGCCAGGUGUGGGCAGAGGAGAUUCAGUGUAGAGGCAACGAAUCUCAGAUUUACUUCUGCCCAAGAAAACCCUCACAGAAUCAAUCCUGCUCCCAUGGAAACAAUGUGGGCCUUGAGUGUUCUGGCAGGGAGGAUGUGAGGCUGGUGAAUGGUGGCAGCCCCUGUGCUGGGAGAGUGGAGGUUUACCAUCGGGGAGAGUGGGGGACAGUGUGUGGUUAUGACUGGGACAUGAGUGAUGCUGGAGUGGUGUGCAGACAGCUGGGCUGUGGAGAUGCUGUAGAUGCACGUGGAGGCGCUCACUUUGGACCAGGGUCUGGGAGAAUAUGGAUGGAUGAUGUGUCCUGCAGUGGAUCAGAAUCCUCACUGAAGCAGUGUGGGUCAGCAGGAUGGGGUAAACAUAACUGUAAUCAUGGAAUGGAUGCUGGAGUGAUCUGCUCAGAGGUCAGGCUGGUGGGCGGGACUGACCUGUGCUCUGGGAGAGUAGAGGUGCAUCAUGGGAGCUCCUGGGGCACGGUGUGUGAUGCUGACUUUGACCAGCAGGACGCAGAGGUUGUGUGCAGGGAGCUGGGCUGUGGGGCUCCUAAAGAGCUGCGUGGGGCAGCUGCAUUCGGCCAGGGCGAGGGCCAGGUGUGGGCAGAGGAGAUUCAGUGUAGAGGCAACGAAUCUCAGAUUAACUUCUGCCCCACAGCACCUUCACAGAAUCAACCCUGCUCCCAUGGAAAAGAUGUGGGCCUGGUGUGUUCUGGGUACACAGAGUCCAGGCUGGCUGGUGGCCAUGACAACUGCUCUGGUCGAGUGGAGCUGAAGUACCAGGAUACCUGGGGGACAGUGUGUGAUGCAUGCUGGGAUAGCAGGGCCUCCAAUGUCCUCUGCCGGCAGCUGGGGUGUGGGACUGCAGUGGCAGUGCCAGGACAGACCUGGUUUGGAAAUGGGAGUGGGCCAAUCAGCCACGAUGUGUUUGAUUGCCAUGGUAACGAGACACGGCUCUCACAGUGUGCGGUUUCCUCUUGGAGCCGAGCUGCGUGCUCACAUGAACAAGAGGCUGCAGUCAUCUGCAAUGGCUCUGUUCUCUCCACUCUGGACGGGACGGUUCGGCUGGCUGGAGAGAGUGAGUGUGGGGGCCCAGUGGAGGUGUACUACCAGGAGACCUGGAGCAGAGUGGGGGGGUCCUGGAGCUCCAGGGAGGCGUCGGUGGCCUGCAGGCAGUUGGGCUGCGGCUCUGCGGUGCAGGUCUACAGCUCCUCUCCGUCUGGGACGGGGGCCAGUGACGUGUGUCUGACGGGGUUUGAGUGCUCCGGGAGAGAGUCUCACCUGGUGAACUGCAGCACUCCACACAAUCUCACCUGCAGCUCCAGGGAACGGGUGUCCAUCGUCUGCUCCAACCGCCGGUCCCUCAGGCUGGUAGGGGGAGGGGGGCGCUGUGCGGGGCGGGUGGAGGUGCUCCACGACGGUUCUUGGGGGACGGUUUGCGAUGACUCCUGGGACCUGGAGGAUGCUCAGGUGGUGUGCAGGCAGCUCCAGUGUGGGACGGCCCUCAGUGCCCCGCUACCCUCCUUCUUUGGGCCAGGAAAUGGACCCGUCUGGCUGGAUGAGGUGGGCUGUGUGGGGAACGAGACGUCCCUGUGGGACUGUCCCACAGCCAGAUGGGGACAGACUGACUGCGGACACAAGGAGGACGUGGGGGUUGUGUGUUCAGAAUUCAAGGAGAUGAGACUGAGUGAAGGCUGUUCUGGGAAUUUGGAGGUUUUCUACAAUGGCACCUGGGGCAAUGUGUGCUGGAAUGGGAUGGAGGAAGACACAGCUACUCUCAUAUGUCAGGAGCUGAACUGUGGGAACACGAGUGAAGUGUCUCAAACAGGACCGAGAGUGGAAUCUGCUCCAAACUGGCUGGAUCAUGUCCAAUGUCGCCCACAUGACUCCACUCUGUGGCAGUGCCCCUCAGCCCCUUGGGGUGAAAAUAAGUGUGAUAAAACAGUGGCUCUGCUCAACUGUACAGCGGAAGUGGAUAAGAAAGUGCCACGGAGCAAGUUGUCAUGUUCCUCAGUGAAAAAUCAGAGAUCUUGCACAAAUCACUGGCCCCUCCGGGUGGUGGGGGGGGCAGGCGGGUGCUCUGGGAGGCUGGAGGUGUUCCAUGGGGGCUCCUGGCGGUCGGUGUGUGGAGACUCCUGGGACAUGAUGGAUGCCCGUGUGGUGUGCAGACAGCUGGGCUGUGUGUUAGCACAGGGGGCUCAUGGUAAUGCUACUUUUGGGACGGGGAAUGGCACCCUCUGGCUGACUGAGGUGAACUGCAGGGGCACUGAGCUGCACCUGUGGGACUGCCCACACUCUGUGCACAGCAGCUGCCGAUCGCAGAACCAGGCUGGGGUCACCUGCACAGCUGUGACCACGCCCACGCCGCCCAAACCUCCGCCCCCCGUGUCCAAGAGUCCCGUGUCCAAGAGUCCCGUGUCUAAGCGUAACGUGCCCAAGCCUCCCCCGCCCCCUCCUUCCGGCCUGUCUAUCCCAGCAGUGGCCUUCCUGGUGAUGGGGGCGCUGUCCUUCCUGCUGCUGGUGCUGCUGGGGGUUCUGCUGCUCCAGAACAGAGAUCUGAGGAGAGCCCUGUCUCAGUGGGACCACGCCCGUCUCCUCGAGCCCAUCUACGAGGAGAUCAAGUACAACCUGGAGAGCGGGGAAACGGACAGCGCCCCCCGGUGGGGGAGGAGCCUAUCUGAGGACCCGCCCUCCGGGUAUGAAGACGUGGGGGACGGCAAGGGACACUCCCUCUCAGGGGACCUGGUGAUGGAGGACGCCGCAGAGAGCUACGAUGAUGUCAUCACUGCUGUGGAUGCGCACCCAGACAGUGUGGCAGGGGAGCUGGCCGAGGGAGACGCACCAGAGUACUAUGAUGACGUCAUCACCACCCAGCAGAGCCCGGAGGCUUUUUCAGGUGGAGUUUCUCUGGUUGCAGAUGAAUGUCGGAGCGAAACACAACCUGUCACCAAACUCACCGUCUUCUGCUCAGGGGGUUUGUGUCUGGUGAAUGGUGGCAGCCCCUGUGCUGGGAGAGUGGAGGUUUACCAUGAUGGAGAGUGGGGGACAGUGUGUGAUGAAUACUGGGACAUGAGUGAUGCUGGAGUGGUGUGCAGACACCUGGGCUGUGGAGAUGCUGCAGCUGCACCAGGAGAGGCUCACUUUGGACCAGGGUCUGGGACAAUAUGGAUGGCUUUUGUGGAGUGCAGUGGAUCAGAAUCCUCACUGAAGCAGUGUGGGUCAGAAGGAGGGCCUAUAAGUUACUGUAAUCAUGGAGAGGAUGCUGGAGUGACCUGCUCAGCCCAUCGAAAGGUCAGGCUGGUGGGCGGGACUGACCUGUGCUCUGGGAGAGUAGAGGUGCAUCAUGGGAGCUCCUGGGGCACGGUGUGUGAUGCUGACUUUGACCAGCAGGACGCAGAGGUUGUGUGCAGGGAGCUGGGCUGUGGGGCUCCUAAGGAGCUGCGUGGGGCAGCUGCAUUCGGCCAGGGCGAGGGCCAGGUGUGGGCAGAGGAGAUUCAGUGUGGAGGCAACGAAUCUCAGAUUUACUUCUGCCCCACUGCACCCUCACAGAAUCAACCCUGCUCCCAUGGAAACGAUGUGGGCCUGGUGUGUUCUGGGUACACAGAGUCCAGGCUGGCUGGCGGCCAUGACAUCUGCUCUGGUCAAGUGGAGCUGAAGUACCAGGAUACCUGGUGGACACUGUGUGAUGCAUGCUGGGAUAGCAGGGCCUCCAAUGUCCUCUGCCGGCAGCUGGGGUGUGGGACUGCAGUGGCAGUGCCAGGACAGACCUGGUUUGGAAAUGGGAGUGGGCCAAUCAGCCACGAUGUGUUUGAUUGCCAUGGGAACGAGACACGGCUCUCACAGUGUGCGGUUUCCUCUUGGAGCCGAGCUGCGUGCUCACGUGAACAAGAGGCUGGAGUCAUCUGCAAUGGCUCUGUUCUCUCCACUCUGGACGGGACGGUUCGGCUGGCUGGAGAGAGUGAGUGUGGGGGCCCAGUGGAGGUGUACUACCAGGAGACCUGGAGCAGAGUGGGGGGGUCCUGGAGCUCCAGGGAGGCGUCGGUGGCCUGCAGGCAGUUGGGCUGCGGCUCUGCGGUGCAGGUCUACAGCUCCUCUCCGUCUGGGACGGGGGCCAGUGACGUGUGUCUGACGGGGUUUGAGUGCUCCGGGAGAGAGUCUCACCUGGUGAACUGCAGCACUCCACACAAUCUCACCUGCAGCUCCAGGGAACGGGUGUCCAUCGUCUGCUCCAACCGCUGGUCCCUCAGGCUGGUAGGGGGAAGGGGGCGCUGUGCGGGGCGGGUGGAGGUGCUCCACGACGGUUCUUGGGGGACGGUUUGCGAUGACUCCUGGGACCUGGAGGAUGCUCAGGUGGUGUGCAGGCAGCUCCAGUGUGGGACGGCCCUCAGUGCCCCGCUACCCUCCUUCUUUGGGCCAGGAAAUGGACCCGUCUGGCUGGAUGAGGUGGGCUGUGUGGGGAACGAGACGUCCCUGUGGGACUGUCCCACAGCCAGAUGGGGACAGACUGACUGUGGACACAAGGAGGACGUGGGGGUCGUGUGUUCAGAAUUCAAAGAGAUGAGACUGAGUGAAGGCUGUUCUGGGAAUUUGGAGGUGUUCUACAAUGGCACCUGGGGCAAUGUGUGCUGGAAUGGGAUGGAGGAAGACACAGCUGCUCUCAUAUGUCAGGAGCUGAACUGUGGGAACACGAGUGAAGUGUCUAGAACAGGACCGAGAGUGGAAUCUGCUCCAAACUGGCUGGAUCAUGUCCAAUGUCGCCCACAUGACUCCACUCUGUGGCAGUGCCCAUCAGCCCCUUGGGGUGAAAAUAAGUGUGAUAAAACAGUGGCUCUGCUCAACUGUGCAGCGGAAGUGGAUGAGAAUGAGCCAAGGAGCAAGUUGUCAUGUUCCUCAGUGAAAAAUCAGAGACCUUGCACAAAUCACUGGCCCCUCCGGGUGGUGGGGGGGGCAGGCGGGUGCUCUGGGAGGCUGGAGGUGUUCCAUGGGGGCUCCUGGCGGUCGGUGUGUGGAGACUCCUGGGACAUGAUGGAUGCCCGUGUGGUGUGCAGACAGCUGGGCUGUGUGUUAGCACAGGGGGCUCAUGGUAAUGCUACUUUUGGGACGGGGAAUGGCGCCCUCUGGCUGACUGAGGUGAACUGCAGGGGCACUGAGCUGCACCUGUGGGACUGCCCACACUCUGUGCACAGCAGCUGCCGAUCGCAGAACCAGGCUGGGGUCACCUGCACAGCUGUGACCACGCCCACGCCGCCCACGCCCACGCCGCCCGUGUCCAAGAGUCCCGUGUCCACGCCGCCCAAACCUCCCGUGUCCAAGCGUCCCCCGCCCCCUCCUUCCGGCCUGUCUAUCCCAGCAGUGCCCUUCCUGGUGAUGGGGGCGCUGAUCUUCCUGCUGCUGGUGCUGCUGGGGGUUCUGCUGCUCCAGAACAGAGAUCUGAGGAGAGCCCUGUCUCAGUGGGACCACGCCCGUCUCCUCGAGCCCAUCUACGAGGAGAUCAAGUACAACCUGGAGAGCGGGGGAACGGACAGCGCCCCCCGGUGGGGUGAGUGACCCUCACCUGUCCU